UAGCGCACCUAUAAGCCAAGGUGGCUUUCAUUUUAUCCUUCCAAACUCAUAGCACAUAACUUCUUGGCUCUCUCUUUCGGCCUUUUCUGCUUUCUUCGGUUUUGUCACUAACUCAUCAGCGGUACCCUAGAAUUAUUACCAACCUAGUUCACUAACUGAUCGGAGAGAAGGAAUUCCGUUUCACUCAUUGGCCGGAUAAACAAUUACUUCACUCACAACAGAUAUGCAUUUAUUAUAUAGGUAAGAAGAUAUAGGUGCUCCAUGAUAAGAGGUGCUCGAAUUCGGCUCAAUGGGUGGCAGCAGGCAGCUGUGGCAGUUGGUUCAGCAGUGGGAGCAUUGCUAGACCCACGGAGAGCAGACCUUAUUGCGGCUCUCGGCGAGACAACAGGGAAACCUGCUUUUGAAAGAGUUCUUGAAAGAAUGAAGCGAAGCUCAGAAGGCAGGGCAAUACUUCUUGAGCAACCGCGAGUCAUAUCUUCAAAAGUGGAGCAUGCAUGGGACCUCCCAGAAAACACAUUUGGUGCAGCCUAUGCAAAAUUUAUGGGAUCAAGAAACUUCUCCCCAGAUGACAGACCACCGGUGCGGUUCAUGGAGACAGAUGAGCUGGCAUAUGUUGCCAUGCGAGCUCGAGAGGUGCAUGAUUUCUGGCACACCCUUUUUGAUCUUCCAACCAAUUUGAUUGGUGAGUCAGCUCUCAAGGUGAUCGAGUUUGAGCAAAUGUACCUUCCAAUGUGUUUAAUGUCUGUCAUUGGGGGUACAGCUAGAUUCAAUGAGAAGCAAAGAAAACUAUUCUUCCAGCACUACUUUCCUUGGGCCAUUCGAGCUGGUGCUCAGGCCACCGAUCUUAUGUGUGUGUAUUAUGAGCAGCACUUUCAUGAGGAUUUGGGUGAGGUAAGGAGAAAAUGGGGCAUAAUCCCUGUUCCAAAACAAGCCUGAGCAACAAAGACAUGAUAUCGAAUUGACUAGGUUGGCCGAGGGUUGGAUGUUCUAAGACUCUGUUUACUGGUUAGAGUGAUUGGGCUGGGAUUAGUAACUUGAUAAAUGAUAGAAGUAUGCCUAAAUAAUAGUCCUUUUGAAGGAUAUAAAUAAUUUUGCACCAUUAUUAAUAUUGAUGAUACUAAAAAGUACUACUUUACCAAAUUAUAUAAUGGUUGAAACUUUUUUUCCCAAUCAGAAACUCAAAACAAUGCCAUUUCUCACAA